GAUGAGCAUGUUGUACAAAACUCUUAUUUGCUAGACGCCGUUAAAUUUAUUAUCCGAACAUUAUAAAAUAUUUUGGGCAUAAGCUAACACUUCCUUUAGCGCCUUUCCUAAGCUCUGGUAUGUGUGUUGGAAAUUUGUUUUGAUGUUGUUUCGCUCAGUUCCUAGAAGCUGCGGCUGGAAUUGGGCUAGAGAUUUUCCAUAUUUGUUAUGAAUAUGGAUGACCUUUGAAUAAGUAGUAACAAAUAUCCACGUCCACGACCACAUCAAACAUGUAAAUGUUACUUAUUCUAUCGCUUUUUUGUUCCUGUAACCGUAUGACUUGGAUAAUAUUCGGAGAUGGUCCUUGUAGGGACUAGCGCUUUUGCCAUUAGAUCAACAGGCAGUUAUGGAGUGCUUAAAUCAUCAGACAAUUCGGGCCGUUCCUAUGAUCGUCAAAUCGUGAAAAUCUUGUAUGAAGCUCUGGAAUUUCUUGUAAUUGGUCAAUGGCCCCAAACCUUGAGAGAUGAUCUACGACUACGGCUUUUAAUGGUAAUUUCAACAAUGUUUUAUCGAGUUGCAAACAGGAACUAAAAAGUGAUUAAAUACAGACAAUUAUUUAAUCAACAUUGAAAUAUUAUGAAAAGAGACAUAGGAAAACCCCCAGAUAUUUGAAGUUGUUUCAAAGUAGUUUUUAGAAGUUACAAGUUCCUUUGUUAAGAAGAUGGAACUUGUUUCAAGGGGGAAUCAAGAUUGGAGUUUAAUUCAAUAUUUAAUGAGACAUUCGCUAUUAAUUGUGUUAAGGUUCUCAUAAUCUCCUUCUUAUCGCUAUUUUUUAUAAUUGGAAGCAUAAGUUCCAGUGAAAGUUAGUCUAUAGGGAAUCUUUCUUCUUCUUCUUCUUUGGCACAACAACCGCUGUCGGUCAAGGCCUGUGGGUACUAGUGAAAUGAGCUUGGCUUUCAGUGACUUAUUGUUACCAUAACAGGAUAGUCAGUCCUACGUAUGGGGGCACGGUCUAUUCGGGGUUUGAACCCAUGACGGGUAUGUUGUUACGUCGUACGAGUUGACGACUGUACCACUAGACCGGCCCAGGGAAUCUUUACACAUAUAAAAAAAGAUAGCUUUACACAUAAAGAUCCAGAAUUUAGCCACUCCUGCAAUCAAUUCAAUAAACAGCAUUGCAUUCGGUUUCUGGAUCCGAAAGAAAACGAGAUCUAGCUGCUCGCGUGGUGGAAAAUGAAAAAAAAAAACCCGAACCAGCCUGCUUGUCUGCAGGCACCAUUGUGGCAAGAAAAAACAUUGGGUGGGCUUUCCCGGCAACGGAUGUAAACAAUCUUCCCUUCCUUAGUCGUCCUACCCACUAGAUCCCUCGAAGCCAGUCAAAAGCGUUAGGCCUAUGCUGCACCAUUCACGUUCUGGCGGUCCGCGAGCUCGAUGCUCUGUGUCAGUGCUGGUUCGACGAUUGGCGCAUAUUGUUCUGCUUUAGUGUUCCGAUUCAGGCCUGCGGUGUCAGGAGAAUCAGGUCUCAGUACCGUGUACUGCUCUGGAGUGCUCGUGUAGAUUAUUGCCCGUGCGUGCGUUUGCUGUGCUAUAACGACGAUUUCUAGAGGAAUUCAUUCUACCAGUCUCCAGCAAAAGACAAACUACAGCCUCAAACUGAAGCAAAACUCAAAGGUUUCAACAUGGAAGUAGAGAUGCUGGUGAUCAUCAAUCAACCCGGUGCCUGCUAAACUACGUGUUCCGUUCGUUUUUGGUUGGUAGAUUUAUUGUAUGCUCAUCAGACGAGAGCGUUCAGUAACACUAGACCACAGGUCCAGAGCAAAGCCCGAAUAAGUGAGCCCGCGACAUGCUAUCACCUGCCAAUCUGGAUGAAAUCAAGGAACGCAUUAGCAAAAAUGAAGAAAAAAUUAAUGUUCUGCAGGCAAUUAACAAUGUGCUGAAAGAGCGUCACGAAAUCGAGUCCAAUUACAAGAAUCUAGCGCUCAAGUUCAAGGAGAUGCAGGAGGAGGAAGCACUCCGUCGAGCGAAGGUAUGUAGUUUUGAUGAGGCGCGCAAGAAACAGCUGGCAGAGCUGCAGGCGAAGGGUGAAGCGCUCUGCCGGGAAAAGGCAAAGCUGCAGCAUCAGAUCGAGCAUGUCACCUGGCACCUGGAGGGAUGUCGCCGGCGUCGCCCCUGUUUAGCCCGUCUACCCGAGAACUGCCCACUAAAGGGUGAUGCGCCGAGCUGUCUGCCCCAUUCGCCCGAGAAGCUUAAAAUCAUGGCAAACAUGAAAAGCACCGCCGAUCAUCUGGUGCGAGGGAUCAUGGACCUGCGGAAGAAGAUUCACAUCGUGCAGGAUAAGCUCGAGCACGAAGUAGCGCGUAAGAAGGAGAUGGAAAAGAAACUGGCGGAGCUGCGGAAGGAGAUCUGCCGCCACAACAAGUGCAUGCAGCAGCAGCAGCAGCAGCAACAGCACCAGCAGCAUCACCAUCACCAGCAGCAGCAGCAGCCGCACGGCCACCAUCACCACCAUCACCACCAUCACACGGUGCCGGUGGCGGGAGGUGGGCACGGUACCACCUCGCUGCCGCCGAUCGCGAAGAACUGCAUCGCCACCAAAUAGCAGCGGGUCAAUUCCGAAAGCGUUAAGCCCGAUCGCCACCAGUGUCCGCACGGGAAGUACAUCAAGCUGCCGAGGGCCACGUCCAACACGACCUCGUGAGGAGCCCGCGUGAGCCUUGCUCUCGUCCCGUUUUGAACAUUUGCAUGCGCUUGGUAGGAUGCUUAGCUUUUGCUGGCGAAUGCUGGUGGACUUCACUCCACCAGACAUCAACCAGGUGGCCCAGAGUUUACGCUUUUUGGAAUUGAAAAAAAAUCAACAAACUAUUAGUUCUUAUAUUUCGUUGUACUGAUUCGGUACAGCCGUGUAGGUCAAAUCCCCCCGUCAGGCAAUCUGUGGUUUUUCGGAAGUUUGGGAAUUUGUGGUACGUGGUCCGCGGUCUGCUGGCCACCGGUUUACCAGGGCUUUGUUGUUUAUAUUGCAGCUAGCAUAGAUUAGUUAAUAGAAAGAAGUUUGGUACACGCUUCCUUUUUAAUCCUUAUCGUCGUUAGCAGGACGCAAAGUUAAUAUUCCCAUGUUAAUCGCUGUAGUUAACGUUAGCAACAACACAAAAGUAUAUUAUACGUAUCCCUCGUAUGACUAAGCGUUAUUGUUUCGUGCUCCAAGUAAUAUAAUAGCGAUGUGGCACCGAUAUAAUUAAACCGUACGAUGCAUUUAAUGCAAAAUCACUGCGCAGAGACGUCGGAUCUUGAGGUGAAGAACGCUUAGCUGGUUAUGAUCAAUCUUUUACGGCAGCGGGGAUAACGGAAGCAGAGCGAGGGAGAUAUUACGCGGUACGGACAUGGAGAGAUAGAGGGAGAUCAUAAUGAAGGGCUUUCUUUUGGUUUCCUCCAAGCCAACGAAUACUCUGUUGAGAAGGUGAUGUUAAGAAGGUUGAUAACGAUCUUAGGGGUUGAGGAAAGAUAUUCUCUUUCGUUUGCUUCUGUUUUCUCCGCUCACUUUGUAUCAUUACCUUGUUUAUCAUGUUAUUGCGAACUUGUUUUCAUACUGAAUAAAGGAAGAAAGAAUAUUCUAUACGGCAAA